CAUCAGGUUUCCACCUGAUCCUCUCGACGUUACCCGCUAUAUAUUCUCUGUUUCUCUGUGACACUCAACUUCCUUACAACAACCCUUCAAUGGAGACGCCAUUACUGGACCUUCCUUCCAACAACCUAUUUUUAACCUUCAAUAUCUCUUCCUUUUCCCACACAUACCCAUCCAGAUUAAUCAUUCCUAGUCUCUGUUGUCCCAAUAACCCUACCACUUCCCGUCGCCGGUUCUGCGCCGAUACAACGCCGCCUCCAAUUCUUGAAGACACUGAUACAGUUCUAGAUUCCGGCCCUGAAAGAAUCCAGAACCGCCGCAGGGUCGUUCGACUUGCGUGGGAGAAGUUGGUGCGAUGGUCCAGGUCUUUGCGAUUCAAGACCAAGACCGACGUUCUUGAGCGCACGAACAAGGUGGCUGUGCUUGGAGGUGGAUCUUUUGGUACAGCGAUGGCUGCCCAUAUUGCUGGUAGAAAGCCCCAAUUGGAAGUCAAUAUGCUUCUUCGUGAUCCUCAAGUAUGCCAGUCAAUUAAUGAUAGUCACUACAACAGUAAGUACUUCCCAAAGCACGAGCUACCAAUAAAUGUUAUAGCUACAACUGAUGCCAAAGCUGCUUUGCUGGGUGCUGAUUUCUGUUUCCAUGCUGUACCUGUGCAGGUCUUUCACUACCCUAUUGAAAGUUCUGCAUUAAUAUUUGCUUUCUCUUGUGGUUACGAAAGUGUAAACAGGAAUAACAUUUCAUCAUUUCUCGAGAGCAUUGCUGAUCAUGUUGAUCCACACCUGCCAUUCAUAUCCCUGAGCAAAGGGUUGGAACUCAAUUCCUUGAGAAUGAUGUCUCAGAUUAUUCCCCAAGCACUCAGUAACCCUCGACAACCUUUUGUUGCCCUUUCAGGACCUUCAUUUGCUUCAGAAUUAAUGAAUAAAUUACCAACAGCGAUGGUUGUGGCAUCAAAGGACAAAAAAUUGGCAAAUGCGGCUCAGCAACUACUGGCUUCUAGUUAUCUAAGAAUAAGCACCUCAAGUGAUGUGACAGGGGUGGAGAUUGCAGGUGCAUUGAAGAAUGUCCUUGCUAUAGCAGCAGGAAUUGUUGAGGGGAUGAAUCUUGGUAACAACUCUAUGGCAGCUCUUGUAGCACAAGGUUGUUCUGAGAUCCGUUGGCUGGCUACAAAGAUGGGUGCGAAGCCAACAACAAUUACUGGUCUCUCAGGCACUGGGGACAUCAUGCUUACAUGCUUUGUCAACCUCUCCCGAAACAGAACUGUUGGAGUACGACUAGGAUCUGGUGAGAAUCUGGAUGAUAUAUUGAGCUCCAUGAAUCAGGUUGCAGAAGGUGUAUCGACUGCGGGGGCUGUUAUCGCUUUGGCUCAAAAGUAUAAUGUUAAGAUGCCAGUUUUGACAGCAGUGGCCCGAAUUAUUGACAACGAGCUAACACCACAAAAAGCUGUUCUUGAAUUGAUGGGGCUUCCUCAGGUGGAAGAGGUCUGAAACCUGGGGGCUCUAAGGGUACUAAGCAUUAGAAUCACAAAACAUUUAUGGCAUUAUAAAGCAUGGCCAGCAGCCAUUUCACUAGGACAUUACGAUAUUAGAAAAUUUUAUACGUCGAAAUCUUUUUGAUUGCUUGGUAAUUUUUUGGGAUCAAAAGUUGGUCUGUGAAACCUGCUAGUUGAUUGAGGAUCUCCAUGUCUUUAUUGGAGAACAAACUAUCUUUGGUUCUUAUUAGUGGAAUUCAAUGAUUUUGAUUCUGUAAAGUUACAAUCAAAAGAAAUGUCAUCCUUCUGUCUAAUUCAUUUCA